AUUAAAACAUUCAACAUAAACAUGUAGGCUUGUGGCCUUUGACAGCUGAAAAAAUGCUGUGGCUAGAUUUCUUCCCACUGGAGAAGAGGUUGAUAGAAAAUACUGUUUACAGAAAUGUAACUUGGCAGUGCCCCAAUGAUAAAACUGCUGAGGGGAAGAGAGCGCAUAUCCUCACUUAUCUCCUGUGUCCUUACACAUAAGUAUCAGUUUAUUGCAACAUUGCUAUUUAUAGCAAAACAUGGCUGGGUUCUUUAAUUGGUGAAAAUACUUUCUACAUCUUUUAUUUUAAAAGUUUGCCAUUUUCUUUCUAAUGUUGGUAACACAAUAAUUCCCCUAAUGUUUUUACAUGAUCAGUAAACCAAGGGAACUUUUUUCAUUGUGGGUCCAUUUCCCAUGCCCCAAGAGUCCAGCUUUGCAUCUUUCUGCCCAAACUCCUUGUCAUGUAGUAAAUGUUCCCUCCCAGCCAGAGGAGGCAGCUCCCUCCCUGAGCACAACAAAGUACACACGUUGCUGUGGCCCAGGACUGUUUGUUUUGCACAGGGAUUAGUCAGGCCCUUUGGGACCGCCUUCAGUUGCACCUUGGGCUGCCUAUAUUAGUCAUUCGCAGGCAGGAAGAAUUUUCUUUUACUGCUCUAGCUCCUCCGGCAAACUUCGCUGAAGCUCGGAUAGCUGAGACAUGAAUAAGCAAGAGUAUGACAUACUUGUGAAAAUGAUGCCGGAAUUACAGAAAAGCACCGUUCACAUCAGGAACCCAGCCAAAGUGGAAGAGAUCCUCUGCGGCCUGAUCAAAGGAGGGGCCGCCAAACUCCAGAUAAUUACAGACUUUGAUAUGACAUUAAGCAGAUUUUCCUACAAUGGAAAAAGAUGCCCAACAUGUCAUAAUGUCAUUGACAACUGUAAACUGGUUACAGACGAAUGUCGAAAGAAGUUAUUACAACUCAGGGAAAAAUACUAUGCCAUUGAAAUCGAUCCAGUCCUUACCAUAGAAGAGAAAUACCCUUACAUGGUAGAAUGGUACACAAAGUCGCAUACGUUGCUGGUGGAGCAGGCGCUGCAGAAGAGCAAGCUUCAGGAAAUCGUGGAAGAAUCCGACGUGAUGCUCAAGGAAGGAUAUGAACAUUUCUUUGACAAACUCAAAGAAUAUAACAUCCCCGUGUUCAUAUUUUCUGCUGGUAUUGGAGAUGUCCUAGAAGAGGUGAUCCGCCAGGCCGGGGUCUAUCAUAACAAUGUCAAAGUUGUGUCCAACUUCAUGGAUUUUGAUGAGAACGGAGUGAUUAAAGGAUUUAGGGGCGAGCUGAUUCAUGUGUUCAACAAGCACGAUGGCGCCCUGAGAAACACACAGUACUUUAAGCAGCUGAAAGACAACAGCAACAUCAUCCUGCUAGGAGAUUCCCUGGGAGACCUGAGGAUGGCGGAUGGCGUGGCCAACGUGGACCACAUUCUGAAAAUUGGUUAUCUCAACGAUCGCGUGGAUGAACUCUUGGAAAAAUACAUCGACUCUUAUGAUAUCGUUCUGGUAAGAGAGGAAUCCCUGGCGUUGGUCAGUUCCAUCCUCCAGAAGAUCCUAUGAGCAAGCAACCGGCAGGAAGCCUUCCUCCCUGAGGACCACCAGGCAGAGGUACAGCUCUGGCCUCCCUGGGCGGCCUCGCUACUCACUGGCCUCCGGCCCCGGGAGGCUCGUCUUCCCAUCGCUUGACUACCCUCUGAUCAUAUUCCAAAUAACAUAGUGACUCCAUCAAGUGGAUGCUUUGAAAUAAAAGUAUUUUCACCUUUUACCACACUCUCAACCACACAUUGCAAGAAUUCACAAAAAGACCCAAGCCCCUUGAAAGCCAGAUUGUGGAAACAGAUGCCCCCUUCCCCUCCCUCUCCAGAAGUGGAUUGCAUUUCCUUUUAUCCUGGAUGUGUUAAGGAAUGUUUUACUGUGUGCUGUGAUUCCCAGGGCCUGAGUCGUCCAUGCUGUUCCAUCAGAUGAUGUGCAGGCUUUUAAGCGUUGCCUUUUUUGUACAUCUGGCAUAUUCCCCCACCGAUCGAGACAGCCUUGGCGAGGCAUCCAAACUGCAGCCUGCGGCACAAUUGACUCUGAGGUCGUGUAGCUGACCCUCGGGGUAGCCUGACUCUCUGCCUUUGGUCAGUCAUUCUGGUGAGAUGUGAUUGCCCACAACAGAAAGGCUGGCCCGUGGUACCUCAGGGGAAAACCCUGGGGCUGGGCCUGUGUCUGUGUCUGGGUUUAGAUGCGCACACCCAACAACCAGCAGUUUGAGGUGGCGGGAAAGGGGUUCAAAUUCAACUCUUGAUGGAAAAGAAAACGACCAGUGUCUCUGGAGUCAGUGGCUCUGGGGCUGGAAAGGACCCUUAGAGACCCUCCCAUUUUACUGAGGUGGCAUCUCAGGGCCUCAGGGAGUGCCACGUGGAGCCAGGCUGUGCCAUCGGGGCCCCCACACCCAAAGGGAGCGCGCUUCCCUCUCUGCUGGAGUGGCGGCCAGCUUGUUAGACUGAACCAUUUCAGAAUUCGGACCAAGAUUCUCUAAGCAAGGUGCGGUCACCCGUUCCUGAAAAAUAACCAUCAUGGGGAGGGUCAGGAGGAGUCCAGAAGUUUCUAAGUCCUUUGAAAUUCAACAGUAGCUUUUCCCAGAGAAACAACGCUCUAAGUGGUGGUUAGGUUCCCAAAUCAACGCCCAUGAUCAUGUUUAGCUGUAACGUGCCUGACAUACCGUCCAUUGGCCAUGGAAAGAGGUAGAGGAGGUACUGUCAGAACACCUCCGAACAGGGCAGAAAAUCAAUUUAAAAUAUGCCUAUCUUGAGUGUUAGCGCAUCGGACGGGAUCUCACGAUGACAAACGUAUAUGAAGUGUGCAUGUUGAACGUGGUAACCCUAGGCUCUGUCUUCCCUGCGUGGAUAAGUGUGGCUAGCCCUGGAGAGGGACAGAGCGCUCCCCUCCCGGCAGCCCCAGAGGGGCAAGCCGCCAUUUUGGAGGGGAGUGGAGGGUGUCAAGCAGAAGCUUGUUGAGGCAGUGACUGAAGGGAGUCCUAGACAGGGUCAGGUUGGAGUGGCCUUCAAGGCUCCACACUCCCCUCUCUCGCCUUUCUCCUUCAUCCAGCUGCCAGAAUCCUUUUGCUCAUGGCACUGCUCUGCUCAGAAAAGUCAGUGGCUCCCUAGGACCGGCAGAGGAUGGGGGGAAUUCCUUUGGUCUUCAUAGGAUCAUCUGCCUUUAUCUGACAGAGGAGGAAACUGAGGCCCUGGGAGGCGAAGGGACGUCCUUGUCCCAGGUCCCCACUAGGAUCCCCGCUCUCGAGCUGAUAUUAUCAUUCAGACGUUUCAGUCGUGUCCCACUCUUCGUGACCCCCUCUGGGCUUUUCUUGGCAAGGAUACUGGAGUGAUUUGCCAUUUCCU